GAAGGCGGAACCGGAAGUCGUGAGGGACGCGCCGGUCCCCAGCAUGGCGGCCGCCUGGCCCUCCGGGCCGGCAGUUCUGGAGACCGCGGCCGUCCACCUCCUGGGUGUCCUGUGGUUCGUGUCAGUCACCACGGGGCCCUGGGGAGCGGCCGCCGCCGGGGGCGAGGAGACGCUGAAGUGCGAGGACCUCAGAGUGGGACAAUAUAUUUGUAAAGAUCCAAAAAUAAAUGAUGCUACACAAGAACCAGUUAACUGUACAAACUACACAGCUCAUGUUCCAUGUUUUCCAGCACCCAACAUAACUUGUAAAGAUUUCAGUGGCAAUGAAACACAUUUUACUGGACAUGAAGUUGGUUUUCUCAAGCCCAUAUCUUGCCGAAAUGUAAAUGGCUAUUCAUAUAAAGUGGCUGUUGCACUGUCUCUUUUUCUUGGAUGGUUGGGAGCAGAUCGAUUUUACCUUGGAUACCCUGCCUUGGGUUUGUUAAAGUUUUGCACUGUAGGAUUUUGUGGAAUUGGGAGCCUAAUUGACUUCAUUCUUAUUUCAAUGCAGAUUGUUGGACCUUCGGAUGGAAGCAGUUACAUUAUAGAUUAUUAUGGAACCAGACUUACAAGACUGAGUAUUACUAAUGAGACAUUUAGAAAAACACAGCUGUAUCCAUAAAUGUUUUUAAAAAGAAACAGUUUCGGGCCUGAUUAAUUUUAAUAGUGAACUUCCAGUAUGCGGAUUUCCAGAUUUUCUUUUUCCUUCUUCACAUAACACUUUACAGAUUCUUUGUAACUUUUUGUUGUUGAUGAUGCUUUUGUUUUGUUGUUUUAGUUGAAAGCAUUUUAUCCUGAGAUUUAUUUAAUAGGACUUUCUUUGAGAGCUGUAUGUAUAAUAAUAGUCUUUCCUAGGCUACCGUCUCUAUGAGAUAGAUAGCUUAUUACCCGAUAUCCUGUAAUGUCUUUUCCAAAGACAAGUUGCCACUUGUCAUUUUUGCUUCUGAAAAAUAAAAGUAUGACUUACUCACA